CAAUCAAAUUGUGUAUGGGCUGAAAGAAAUUGACCGCCUUAAAGGCCAAGUAAACGAUCUCCAGGUUCCAUUGGAAGUAUUUGACUACAUCGACGAUGGCCACAACCCGCAAUCCUACACAAAGGACUGCAUGGAACGAUCUCUUGCUAAAAACGAGCUGGUGAAGGGAAAAAUUGACGAGUACCGCCGCUUCAAAGCACUGCUGCUCUUUGAACUGUCACAAGAGUUUCCCAAUGAAAUGUCCAAGUACCGAGCGGUGCGUGGCGACGAACGCAUGUCCUAA